CAUUGCUGACGGGCACAGACAAACUGCCUUACCGAAAUUCUUUUCGACGAAGCGAUAAAGCAGGCCAAUGGGCUCGAUGAGCAUUUCGGAAAACAUGGCAAACUCGUGGGACCCCUGCACGGCAUAUGCAUGACUUUGAAAGAUCAGUUCGACGUUGAAGGAUUCGACAGCACCCUGGGCUAUGUCGGGCGUGCUUUCAAGCCAGCUAUGCAAGACUGCGUUUUGGUGUCGCUUCUGAAGCAGAUGGGAGCCAUCAUUGUCGCAAAGUCGAACCUUCCGCAGUCGAUCAUGUGGUGUGAAACAGACAACCCGCUAUGGGGACUCACCGUGCAUCCGAAGAAUCCCGAAUUUACCCCCGGAGGCUCGACGGGCGGAGAAGGCACGCUCUUGUCGCUCCGAGGCACAGUAAUUGGAUGGGGAACGGACAUUGGUGGCAGCAUCCGUAUACCGUCCCACAUGAACGGUUUAUACGGAUUGAAGCCGAGUAGUACUCGUUUACCGUACCAAGGCGUGUCAGUGUCGACAGAUGGUCAGGAGCAUGUGCCAUCGGUGAUUGGGCCGAUGAGUCGGUGCAUCGACUCGCUCGUAGCUGUGACCAAGGCUGUCAUCGAUGCGAGCCCGUGGGACCAUGAUCCAAAAUGCUCUCCAGUACCCUGGCGGUCAGGAUUGUUCGAAGACGCGCAAUCUCGGCCGUUGCGUAUCGCUGUCAUGAGAGAUGACGGUGUAGUGCGACCACAUCCGCCUGUGGCACGCGUGUUGGAGGAAGUUGCGGCAAAACUUAAGCGAGCUGGCCAUGACAUAGUGCCUUGGAAUCCAGGCAGUCUGCAUCAGGAAUGCAUCGAUAUCAUGGACCAAUACUACACGGCUGAUGGAGGCGAAGACAUUAGGCGAGACGUCGAAGCUGGCGGUGAGCCUUUCAUUCCACAUGUUGAGGCACUGAUCAAUAGGGGCAAACCAAUCUCUGUUUACUCGUAUUGGCAACUGAACAAACAGAAGGUCGAUGCGCAGAAGCGAUACCUGGAGCUUUGGAAGUCGACAAGAAGUGCAAAGACUGGGGAAGAGAUUGACGUUCUCCUCACCCCUGUGAUGCCUCACACCUCAGUCCCACACCGCAAGUGUCGGUGGGUUGGAUACACCAAGGUUUUCAACUUUGUUGAUUAUCCUGCGGUGGUCAUACCUGCUGGCCAGGUUUCGAAAGAGUUGGAUAGCGAGGCGGCCACAAUGAUGGAUACGUAUCAGCCCAGAAAUCCAUUAGAUGAGUGGAAUUGGAGCUUAUUCAAUGUGGAUGCGAUGGACGGCAUGCCGGUUGGUGUGCAGGUCGUUGCGCGCCGACUCAACGAAGAGAGAGCGCUGGGAGCGGCGAAAGCCAUCGACAACAUUCUGAAAGAUAUGCAGCCUGCUGCUGGGUCAAGGAAUGGCUCUGCAACAUGAACACGAACGCUUCGCGAUCAUCGAUCUCGAGCUUGGGCCUUCCACCGUGCGCAUUUGCUACUCAUGAAGACCAACGAAUUAAUGAAGAAUGAU